AUGUAUUAACAAAACUAAGUUAUGUAUCAAUAAUAAUAACCUCCACCCCAAUAACAUCGUGAUUAUAAUAUUCCACCACCUGGUAAAUUAUUAAUUUGAUUUUAUUUGUUAGGUUAUAAAGCUCCUCGUUAUCCAAGAGAAGAGUUACCUGAAAAUUUAGAACAGAAUCUAGAUUUAGGUGGUUCAUAUUAAUCAUAUCUAUACAAUUGUGGAGAGUGUUGUGGAAAUUGUAAAGCUGUUUGUCCAUGUAAUCCUUUUGUUGAAUAUCCAUAUGUUUAAGUGGAACAAAGUUUUGUUGGAGUAUAUUUACGUUUUGGAAAAUACAUUAAGACAGGUAGAUAAGAAAUUUAUUAUAUAAGUUCAACCUGGAUUAAUUUACAUCAAUCCUUGUACUGAUACAAUUUAGAAAGUUGAUUGCAAAGUUUAAAUGAUUGACUGUCCUAGAUAAUAAGUGAUGACUAAAGACAAUAUUUUAGUGAGCAUUGAUGCAACUGUUUAUUAUAGAAUAGUGAUACCAAGACGAUCCAUAUUUUACAUCAAUGAUCUACAUUAAGCUGUAACUCAAUUAACAUUGGCUACUAUCAAAAGCAUAGCUGGAUCUCACACUCUACAAGACUUAUUAGAGAAAAGAGCUGAAGUUUAAUAACAAAUUGAAGGAUUUGUAGAUGAACAUGUUUGGGAAUGGGGAAUUGAUAUUGAGAACAUGUUAAUAAAAGAUAUUUAAUUGAAUGCUGAUUUAUAGAAUACUUUGUCCAUGGCAGCUAAGGAAUAGAGAGCAGCUUAAGCUAAAGUCAUUUCUGCUUAAGGUGAUGUUUAAUCAGCUAAACUUAUGAGAUAGGCAGCAGAACUCUUAGAUUCCAAAGCAGCCAUGUAAAUUAGAUAUCUAGACACCAUUACUACUUUGGGACAAUAAGGAUCCACUAAAGUAGUAUUGCUUCCAACCGAUUCUAAAUGA